AUUCUGGGGUCCCCCGCGCAAGGGGGAUUUCAAAUGUGAUCCACAGCAGAAGAGUGACCGCCAUUUCCAUCUUCAGCCUUCAGGAGCAGGAUAGGAACUUCACAAUGGCAGCACGACUGUUGUCAAGAGGAGCCGGCUCACCUAGAAGCUGAUCUCGUUGACAGUCUGAUCGAAGAGCCUGUCCCGUUGCUGAGAAUCCUCUGAGCGGACGCAUUGUUCAUUGAUGGUUGUCCAGGAGUCGUAACCGUUGUCUUAUCAGAGAGGAUCCAGUCGCUUGCGGGUGCAAUCAGUCAGCAUGAAUUGCUCGGAGGAAGAGAUUGCUGGCCUUGCCGCGCUGGUCUUUGACACGCGCCAGAGAGUCAUCUCCAUCCCGCUCGCGAUCCUCUCCCCAAACUACUCAUCUUCAAUGGCGAGGAUUGCUAAGUCUCUGCCGAUCGCCAUCAAGGCCUCCCCCUCCCGGGACCAGGAGAACAACAAAAGGGGGGCGCAGGAGCCAGAAGCGUCCCCUCGGACUCCUCCCCUGGUCAAGGAGAUCAAGAGGAAUCGCUCUGUGUCUUCGACUCCGCAGACCCCCAACACGCCUGCGGUGAAAGUGGUCAAGUUCUCCGCUUCAAAGCCUUCCCCCAAUGUUUUUGUUCCCCGGGAAGAUGUUAAGGAAACUCCAAGGCAGAGACCGACGUCCGCGCUGCGCGAGUUGUUCAACAGUCCUGGGGCAUCUAGUGCGCAGUUCCAAAGGCGUCCUUCCAGCGAGCUGAUGUCAAUCAAGGUGUCAGCACCAGAGGUGGACUUGCCUCUGAGCCUGGUUGUUCCUAAGGACGCGUCGAUCCUUUCUGUAAUAGUCUCCAUUCUCCAUAAGCUAGAUGGAUCAUCUGUGAGUGCCCAGCUCGACAGCAGCGGCUUUGAGCUGAGGAUGGUCGAUGACGAUGAGCCAGACAUGGGCCUUCCCGCACUGGGUGCCAAUCAGCAGAUUGGCUCCUUCGGUUGCACCUUCUUUGCACUGGUCAAAAAGGCCGGCGCAACGAAAUCUCCAAACCCUGCCUCUAAACCUGCUCCUGGGUUAAGAGAGGACCAGAGUGGCGCGAGCGCCCCUCUGCCGCUACAGUCAGAAGCGCACCCCCCUGCGCGGCAGGCAGAGCCGAGGGUCGCUACCGCCUCCUGCUUCCACUUUGACGAGUUUUCCGCGAGCAUGUACAAAGAGUUUGACGUCGUUAAGGUUAACCGGCACGGGUUCCGGCAGCUCAGGAAGAUGGGCAUCGACCGGGAUAAGAUCUAUAACCUGGCCCCCAAGGCUGUGGCGGACGGGGAGUCUGCCAAGAAGGGCGCCGGGCUGUUCGGCGGCCUUCUGUCGAGUAAAAGCGGGGCAGUGAAGAAGAAGUCACGCCUCAUCAGAGAAGUCCGGUCAAUAGAGCCGGUAGAAGGUCAGCCGAUGAGCAUCAGCCUUGUCUACAAUGAAAAGGGGGGCGAGACGUCGACCUACGUCUUUGUUACGAACUCGGGGGAGGAAGCAGCGGACAUCAUCGCUCGGGUGAGGUUUCUGCAACGUCUUCACAUGAAAGGUCACUAGGCAACUCCGCCUUGUUGCUGCAAGUAGUAGGACACAUAUAACCAGGUAAUUGAAAGGCUUGGCUGAUGCCACUGAAAAUGGUUAAUCGAGACCUGGGGUAGAUGUGCGCGAGCAUGUUGCUGUAUUUAUAUCUUCGCAGUCGGCAAAGUCAACUGUAAUUUGGAGACAGAACACUGUCUAAUGUAUAUUGGAUGACAGGAAGCUAAAGCUGACACUAACUAUCCGCUCCUAAAUUGCAUCCUCCAGCAGCGUUCUUCAAAAGCAGAUUGAUAAAGGCAGUUUCUAUCUGCUGUUCAAUCAUGAUGUCUGUACCAGAUCGGCCACUGCAUCCUUCAACAAAUGAUAAUUGGCAGCAUAUCUCCGGUACAAGUCGAAAAGCUGGUAACGCUUUACAGACUUGCCUUGGUCAUUGAGGUCGGGGGCCAGCUGAGCACUGUAUCCUUAAAUAACUUAACGGCAUGUUCGAAUCUUAAGCACUGAGAAACAGACAAAAUGCGAAGUAGCUAUGCCACAACCAAAGACUCAGGUGCAGGAUCGAUUGGCAAAUGCAGGUUCUUAGUACGGUUAGAUGCCAUAGGUUUGAUCAAACGAGUUGAGCAC